AUGGCAUUCGCUGUAAAUGUGGAAAGUCGAACCUUGGAAAAUCCUGACAAAAUAGCUGUUCAAAAUGUGAAAAGGACCCUCAGGUAUGUGAAAGGCACACGAGAUUCAGGAAUAAAAUAUACAUCAUCUGACUCCGAAACUGUGAAACUGGAAGCAUUUAGUGAUGCUGAUUAUGCAGGGGAUGUAAAGGAUAGGAAGAGUGUGACGGGAUAUGUAAUUAUGAUGUCAGGGGGCCCAAUAUCAUGGUGCUCUAGGAAACAGAGUAUUGUUGCAUUAUCAACCACUGAGGCCAAAAAUAUUGCAGCAGCUGAGUGCUGUAAAGAAUUGAAAUAUGUAAAGACGUUGACAGAGGAGUUGACAGGAAAAAGGGUGGAAGCUGAACUGUGUGCCGACAAUCAGAGUGCAAUCAAGCUAAUGGAAUCUGGACAAGUAACACGUAGGAGUAAGCACAUUGAUGUUAGGUAUCACUACAUAAGUGAACAAUUGAAAGAGAAACUGUUCUCAAUGAAAUAUUGUAACACUGAAACUCAGGUGCAGACAUUUUAA